AUGGCGGCUGCGCAGUGGGGUUGCGUGGUGCCGCAGGGCUUCUCUCAUUCGAGGAGCAUCCACACUACCACCUCGAGCUUAGCCGGGGGGCUCGUGCUGGCUUCCAGUUCUUCCGAGGGUCCCGUCCAGGGCACUGAGAGGAGGGAUAAGGCCUUUCCAGCAUUCAGCCUUGCGCCGCGGAGGUCGAUCGGAGAUUUGCCAGUGAGCAGUAGGAACAUCAUAUACUUCCACGCAGGCGCUAAAAACCACCGACCUUCGCUUGAAGGUCAGCCCAUGUCCGUGAAAAAGAGGGUAGUUGUAGCUGCUUUGCAAGCCUUGGCCGCCGUACUGCUUAGGCCUUCCACUUCUCCACUUCUAAGGUUGAAGUCAUUCAGAUGCCGUGGCCUCGAGCUUGAUCCAAUGGUAGCAAGCACGGAGGUUUCCUUUCUUGAUGUCUCUAGACUAGGCUCCCGAAUCCGGGAUCUGGCCAAAUACUACUUCAGGAGACACCUAGGAUUGUAUGGUACUACGGCAUCCACCAAGAGAAUAGCAAUGUAUGAGUGA